ACCAAGGCCGCGAUGGAAAGCAGAUCGGAAGAUUCAACCCUGAGGGCCCCAGAACAAGGGCGCCACGACCCUGCCCCCGAGAACAACGACACCAGCACUACGGUUUUCUUCACGCCGCGAUACUACGCCCACAAUAACUGCUUCCAGAGGAAGUUCAGCAACUGGGUUUUGGACUUCUGCCAGGCCCUGUUCCGCCGAGAGCCCGACGAGACUCAACAGUUCCUGGACCUCGGUUGCGGUACGGGAGACUUCACCCGGGAAUGCCUCCUUCCUCGAUGCCUGCCGUGCCGGAGGAUGGUGGCCGUGGACCUGUCCACGGACAUGGUCGACUACGCCAAGAGUCACUGGAUCCACGAUGCGCUGGAGUUCAGAAAGCUGGACAUCACUGUCGACGAAGACGUCGCGGAUCUCUUAGGCGAGUAUGGUGCUUUCGACAGGGUCUAUUCGUUCCACUGUCUGCACUGGACGCUCAAUGCGCCGACAUCUUUGAAGAACGUGGCUCGGCUCCUGAAGCCUGGAGGGGAGUGUCUACUGGUGUUCCAUGCUUCACUCCAAGCCAUGGACGUAUGCCGUAACGUCGCCAAAAUUGAACGGUGGAGCAAGUAUGCACCGAUGAUCGACCGCUUUGUUCCAAUAACGCAAGACAUGGAGGACUGCGAACGCAUCGAGUACAUUUCGAAAUUGCUCAAAGAAGCUGGACUAUCGCCGAGUAUGCUGGAGCUACCGCGAUGUACACUUUUCGAUGGCUGCAGCUUGGAGACACUCAUCGGCGUGUACAUUCCCUUGAACCCGGUGGCCGACAUCCUCCCUGAGGAGGAGAAAAUGGCGGCAGUCCUGGACGUUGUAGAGAUGAUCCGAACCGUGCACACCUCGGACGCCGACAAGUCACGCUAUCGCGUGUACGUCAUCAAGGCGUCCAAGAUACAAGAAUAAUCUUCUUGCACUCUACAAGUUGCCUUUACCGGUGCUUCUAAUGUAUUGGGUACGGUACAAAGCCACAAUGCAAAGUCACCAAGAUCACGCUGCACCUCUCGCUUCAAUCAAUCCAGUCGGUGAUCGCGAACGGGCUGAGGAUUUACUGCGGGGCAUGCUUCUACCACGUCUUCAUUGGCCGCACGGGUGUGCCAC